CAAUCCCCUGCUUGUAACGAGCUUUUUUUAAAUUUUUAUUCUGAGUUGUCAACAAAACAUUGUCUUUUUCUUAAAGAUUAAUUAUAUUAAGUGGAUAAGAUGUCUUUAAUUAAGAAGAUUGUAGAAAUAGUCGAAAGAUCCGACAUGGUAGAUGCUAAGAAACAGAUAAACAAGCUUAAUAAGGAGAUAAGAGAUCAUAAAGAAAAGGUUCGUUCUUUGAUGCAAGCAAAUUACACCGACUUUAUGCCUGAAAUAGUAUCAAAUGAGGCGUUGCUUGAAGAAGGAUGUAUUAUGGAAAGUGAAAUGAUAAAUCUUAAAGACAGCUUAAACAAUGAGAGCACAAACAUGCUAAAAUCAGCAAGUAAAGAUGUUUCAAAACUUACAGAGGAACUGAAUGAGAAUCACCUUGCAUUAAUUACUUCUUUAAAAUUAGUGAAGAUAGAUUCUUUGCUUCAUAAAAUCAAACCUUACAAUGAAAUUAAGAAUUUUAAGGAAGUUAAUAAUUUGUUAAAUGACAUUCAACUAUUAAUUGGAGAUCCAGAUGAUAAGAUCAUUAGACGUCUCGAAGUAUACAAAAGUCUCAAAGUUAAGCUAACUGUUGAACGUGAAACAAUGAUGAAAAAUUUGAUUGCGCAAUUUGGAAAUAUAGUUUUUACUAGAACAAAGACAUUCCCAAAAAAUCAAUCAGUUACAUUCAGAAUAUCUAAGAAUCCAAAGGAACUUGUUGAGUGCAUCCAUACAUUGCUGGAAUGUGAUUACGAUUUCCAAGACUUUGUCAAUUUCUGCAUGAAUAAUGUUUUUCAGCCAAUUGCAAGCCGUGCUGUCUCAUUGGAUAUUAAAGAAAGUGACAAGGAAGUUUCAAUGAUUCUUAUGUACAGCUUGGAACCAGUGAGUGAUGAAUUGCGACCAAACUAUGAAAUUGUGUUCCUUAAUCUGCGAAGUGUUUUAUUUCAUAUGCUACACAUGAAUGUGGUCAUUCAAGAUAAUUGUCACUUCCUUUCAUACCUUUUUAACACUUGUAAAUCAAAAAUGUUUGACAUGAUCUUCGAUGAAUGCUUAAAAUUCAAUAUUCCUAAAACGUAUGAAGUUAAGAAUCAUUCAACAAUUGAUGUAGAUAUCAGAAAGUUGUGCAAAAACUUUACUGAAUUGAAAUUAUUUGAUUCUAUCGAUGAAAAGUUUAUCCAAGAUUAUUGUAACAACAUUGAAGACUUAUUCUUCGAGCAAUUCACUAAAAAUGUUCAAGCAUCAGCAAAUGAGAUUCUAAAACGUGAUCUUCAUGACAUGAUUCAUAUUUCUGAUGAUGCAACGUUAAGCACAAUAACUCCAUUUACUUUCCCGAAAUCAAUGAUUUCAAAGAGCACAUUGGAAUUAAUUAAGUUAUUAGAAAAAAUCUUGAGACAGGCAUCAAUUUGCAGUAUUGAAGAUGAACAGAAGAAAACAAACUUGUUAAAUUCUAUUAAGAUUGUAUUGGAUAAUUACCCAUUCACAAUUCAGUUACAUCAUUCUAAAUUACUGUCGAAAAUUCCCCAACAAUCUGCAUUGUUUUAUAACAAUUGUAUGUACCUCUGUAAUUGGAUUGUAUUAAAUGACGAGUUUGAAGACUGUAAUAUCGACGUUGUAACUAAUGAUCUGAAACGUCAAGGUCAGGAGUUUUUUGACUGUCAAGUUGCCAACCAAAAGAUACAGUUACUGGAAAUUUUAAAGGAAUUUAAUCCGUAUCAAAGUUUGAACAACUUUCAGCAAGAACACUUCAAGCCUAUCCGUCAAGCUUUACGUCAAUUGGACUUAUUAAAGAAUGUCUGGCAAACAAUUCUUCCUGUAGAUCUGUACAAUAAGACCAUAGGAAGUUUAUUGGAUGUGGUUGCGCUGAAUAUUAUUAAGAAAGUCUUAGCACUUGAAGAUAUUUCAACGACUUUAGCCAACGGAUUAGUAGAAAUGAUAAAGAAUUUUGAAGAAAAAGGUCAAAUGCUAUUUGAAGCUGACUGCAAUGCACAUCAAGUAGUUCCUAAUUGGAAAAAGUUAAUUAAUCUUGAAUUCAUUUUGGAUGCUUCCCUUAUCGAUAUUCAAGCAAAGUGGAAGAACAAUCAACUUUCAGCCUCAUUUAGAGCCGAAGAAGUAAAACGUUUAAUUCGUGCCUUAUUCCAAAACACAGAGCGUCGUGCUAAUUGUCUUCAAACCAUCAUUUAAAUCACACCAAACUAAAUUGAUUCCGCUAUGUUGUUAAUUAUCUUUUAUUCAUUUGGUUUCUAAUAAAAAAUACAUGAAAAUUGAGUUUCAACAAUUG